AUGUUUCGCCGUCUGCAGCUUCUGAUUGCCUGCGGAAUGGUGGCUCUCGAGGAUCUAACAGCUCGCUUCAGGAUCGAGACCUCAGACCCUGUUAACCGAGAGCUGCAGGGCCGUGGCCAGGUAAUUGGACGUUUCCAGGGUUAUCACAACGAGGUACCAGGGACUACCAGGGACAACAACGGCCCUGAAGACCUCAAGAUACUCCACCAUUGA